AGGGGCAGUAAUGAAAUUGAGAAAGUACAGAGAAGUGUCACUAAGCUGAUAAAGGGAAUGGAAUUUCUUUUCUUCCCCAAAUAUAAAAAAAAUCACAGACUCGGGAUCCAUGCCAAGAGCAUGAAUUUACAAUUUUGUUAUUACAAAUACAGGAAUACUCAGGGGGAGAGGCCACUCAGGAUUCUUGCAUUGAGUGAAAUUCAUCAUUACCCCAGACAUUAAUUUGUUGUCAUCAGCCCCCGUCCUAUAGAGACCAGGAGUCACCCUGGGGCUAAUGAUGUAACAUGUGGCAAUAAAUUCAUAUUCAACAAAUAGAGAAAAUCUUUAUAAACCAAAUGCUUGCACUACUCCGCCUUUUUUAUUAUUAUAUUAAUGUGUUCCAUUACAAUACAUUCUUAUAUACAGACAUAUUCCAGGGGUACCCAGGGCACAAAUAAGCACUCACCCCAAAUCUCCCCCUAACUGGCCUUUAGGCUGGGCCCCUUAGCUCAUAACAAGUUUACGGAUGCAGGGAGAUAUUAGUUGCAGCACUUACAUCUUACAUUCCUCUGCUUUUUCUGAAUUGUGGUUCAGCAAUAGUAAAGACUUGAUUUAAUAAUGAGUGUAACCUUUAUUAUCCAUAUUAACAAUAUAUAAAGGUGUUUGUUUUCUGUAAGACAUGGGGACCAAUACAUGAGCCUCACUGCCCUCCUUCUGAAAUCCAAAUCUCCCCACAUAAUUGAAAAGAAGCAGCUAGAUAAAAUUCACCAUAUUUACGGCAUGAUUUUAUUUCUCUCUGGAUCAGAUACUUUCAAAUAUAUUUUCGUUAUUUCUAAUUGGGUCCCAGGGGUGCGGAGAAUCAUUGUCACAAGUAGAGAGCGAGAACUAAGUAGAGAACUCAGGGAGAGUAAUUAUCCAGCUGGUGCCAGGCAGGUGUCUUACAAAGGAUUCUGGGAGAAGGGAUGGAGUGGGCAUUUAGACAGUACAGAGGGAAAAUGUGUGGGAGUUAUAGUCACAACAAAACAGGACCUUUAUCACCUUGGGUUUAUUUGGUCUCUAAGAAGCGGGUGUAAGAUGUACUUGUCUGUCAGCCUUUGGCACCCACGGGAGACGCUACUGGGAAAACAAUGCAAUCUGUGCUCUGAUUUAACCCCUCCAUGACAGUGAUGUAAGGAGACGUUGCCAUUCAGGAGAUAGCUACUGUGGGUUAGUCAGCAGGCAGGAGAGGGUUAACUGAGUUCUGCUUGGCCAGUAAUGUAUUGAAUUCUACUGGGAAAUAGCUGGAACCCAAUAUAUCAACACAGUAACCCAGUGUAUCAGGGAGCAGUCACAUAACUGAUAUCAAUUAAUAUAUCAAACUGCAAUAAUUUAGGGAGUCAGUGACACUUUGUGUGUUGUCGCUAGGAGUUGUAGUCCGACAGUACGGAGUAAAGACAUAUCAGUAGAUCAGUAGAGAAGUGUCAGCAGGGGCUGGAGUACAGUGCUUAUAUACAUAUGUGUGUUGUUACUAGGAGUUGUAGUUCAGCAGUAGGGAACAAAGUCAUAUCAGUAGACACAGAAGAGCCAGCAGGGGCUGGGGGAGCAGAAGUACAGUGCUUUUAUUUAUAUGUGUGUUGGUGCUGGGAGUUGUAGUCCAAUAGUAGGGAGUAAAGGCAUAUUAGUAGAUACAUAAGCGUCAGCAGGGGCAGGAGUACAAUGCUUAUAUACAUAUGUGUGUUAUUUCUGGGAGUUGUAGUUCAAUGGAAGGAAGCAAAGAGGCUGGGGAGGAGGAGAGGCAGGAGUAGAAUGCUUACAGUGGGGGUGCUAUUGUAGUGUAUUGCGUGGCACUGUAACUUCUAGUUGUAAUGGAAGGAGUUAACCAAUGCACCUCUUGUUGUUGCUAUUGAGUACAAGGCUCUCACUCAGGUGCUGCACUAUCCAAGGUCAGGCCAGGGAAUAGGCUGAAACCUUCAUAUUUGCCUGCCGACUGGUGGCAUUCACACCUCUUCCUGUCAGGGAAAGUGGCAGCUGCUAGGGGGAGACAUCUGGUAGAAUUAACCCUCUCCUGCUCUGGGGGCCUUUGUUAGUUCUUCUCCUGUCAGGUCCCCAGCUCCCCAAAGCCUGGCAUAUUCCUCCUGGGUUGCUAUUUGGAUACCAGGGUUGCAUCAGGCACAAUUUCGUAUAAACAGCUGGUCACUGGGGAGCAGCCUGACAACUCCUGGUUUUCUUACUGGCAGUGCGAUACCUCUCGGAGCUGGGCGAGGUGCUGGGCGCAAGCAGCGAGUGCUAAUGUGUGGGCAAAGGGGGGACUGAAAUGCGCAGGGACCUGGAUUCUACUCGUCUUACUGGAAUGGGAUACAUUGUAACAAGGAGGGGAAGAGAAGACUGAAUAUCCAGAGAGACUAAGGGGUGUCACACCUGCAGCCAGCAGUGCCUCGCAGGGGAUGUCAUUUUUCUGAAGGAUUUUUCAGAUGCAAAUUCCAUCAUGGCCAAGAGCUGCUUUGAUUGUACCGAGAAAAACUCAGCCCACAGCCUGUGCAUCACGUGCAACAAAUGGUUGUGCAGCACCUGCGCCGAGCAACACCGACACACCAAGAGCGUCACUGACCCCUUCCUGCCCUCUGCCCAGAGGGGGUCUUUAGGAGGUGAUGGCACCUCGGGAAAUUUCCUUAGCUGCCCGAUGCACCACCAGGAACCCCUCAAGUUAUUCUGCGAGAACUGCGAUACCCUAAUGUGCCGUCACUGUGUAGUCAUGGAACACAAGGACCACAGAUUCCGAAGGCUUGACGAGGCCUUGCAACACCAGAGAGCCCUCCUGGAGAACGUGAUAACCCAAGUGGAGGAGAAGAAGAUAGUUGUCCAGGCGGCAGGGAAACAAAUCGAGGACAGGCUGUAUGAAAUUAAACACAUGCACAGUAAAGUAGAAAAUCAGAUCAAAGUGACCAAAAUGGUGUUAAUCAACGAGUUGAACAAGAGGACCAAUGUGCUGAUGGAACAGCUUGAGAAAACCACAACAGAAAAGCGCCACAAAUACGAGCAGCAGCUCCAGUCAGUUUUGGUUCUGAAUCGGCAGUUGGAACACGUGCAGAACUUUAUUAACUGGGCAAUGUAUGGAAAGAACAGUAUCCCGUUCCUCUUCAGCAAGGAGCUGAUUGUCUAUCAGAUGCAGCACCUUCUGGACACAAGCUGUGGGGGCGAUGUUGGGCGCCCAUCCAAGAUCCGAUUUAGCUGGGAGCCGUCUUUCUGGACUAAACAAAUUUCUAACUUAGGCUGUAUAAUGGCAGAUGGAGCCCAACUGCCAACCCCAGAGAUACCAAGCUAUGGAACAGAAAGUGCCCAAACCUCUUAUUACCCAAUGCCCCAUGCACCCAUUACAGCCCAUCCUGGAACCAUCACCAGCUCUCCACAUUAUACAUCUUCAGUCCAGUGUCCUACGCCCAUGUGUUGUACUCACUGCCAUACCUUGCCAACCAUGCCAAAGAAUCAGCCAGCCACAGGCACCAUAACUCCCCAUAUGAGCUUCGCCCACCCAACACCAAUAAAACAGCAGCCCCCAUCUGCACAGUAUAACUCUGGCAAAGAGCAAAAGCCAACUGUCCGCCCCUUGAGAGUCAUCCAACCUUGGGUGUCCCACCAACCUCACUCGGAACCGGAGAACUCAUCAUACUGGUUGGACCAUCAGCAACAGAAGCCACAAGUGCCACCAAGCCAACCAAAUGCUCCCCCUGUUUGCCCAGUCACCCCACAGGACUUCAAUCAAGUGCACAAUGUGCAUCCAAUCCAGCACACAGUGCCCAUCACCACGCCAACCUCCCUGCAGACCCCCUCCGUGCUCCAGGUACCAUCAGUACAAAUGCAGGUCAGCUCAGUGCACAGUCUUAGCCACAUCCAACCGCAAAGGCAGCAAGCAGCACUGUGCCAGGCUGAGAGUGCCCAUGAGCAGGUCAUGCAUCACAGUCUGGACAUUAUAAACCAACAGUUUGAGUUGGAACAGAUGCAGAAGGGGCUAGAACUUCUUCUCCAAAGUCAACCUUCCAACGUGCAACUGAACCAGGCAAAGCAGCCCCAACACGUGCAACAGACUAUAGUGGGGCAGAUCAACUACAUAGUCAGACAGCCAGCAGCAGCCCCACUGCAGCCCCCAGAGGAAAUUCCACAGGUCUGUGAUGACCCCAUAUCACCAGGCAGUCACACUGUGGACCUUUCGCCGGUCACCACCAUUUCUCCCGGCAACAUGCAGUCCCAGUCUAUAGCAGAUGAAAUCAUCGCUGCUGUGGAAAAUGACGCAUGCCAGAGGAACCAGCUGGCUGACAACCCAGACAGGAAGAGGUCGGCCUCGGUGGGUUUCUGUAAUGCGGCAGAGAUGGAGCUCUCUUCUCCGAGACUUUCUAGGUCUGUGGACCCUCAGAUGCCAACUGUCUCCUGCCAGUUCUUUGAGCAUCCAGAGGACAGGGGGUUCCUACCUGCCACAGAGGCAGAGAGAUUGGCAGAAUACAGUGCGGUGGAAGCAGGUGUCACGGACAAUAUACACAUAGCAACCGAGGAUCACCAAGCAACCGCAGCCUCUGCCUUGGGAAAUGCCAUAUGCAAGGUUGAGAUUGAAAACUUUAGCUGCGCUAACAACUCUGCCAUAGAGACUGACCUGCAGCCUGAAAGUGCCCCAACAGUCAGCGAAUUCAUCCUGCCGCUGCCCGAGGCAUUCGAGGAACCAAUUAACCUCUCAGUAAAGAAGUGUCCCCCACCAGAAAGCUCCUCAGUGAUUGUGAAGAAACGCACUAACCUUCCACCUGCCCCUGCUAAACCACUUAAACAUGAGACAGAAGACAGUGGAUUCAAGCAACACUUUGCAGAUAACAGAAAGGGCAAGAAAAGCAAAUCCAGGGCACCAGUGAAGGAAACUAUGAUCCCAUAUGUGCGAUUGGAGCGACUAAAGAUCCAGGCACAAAACUCCGGGGAGCUCCCUGUUUUUAAGGUGCAACCUCAGAAAAAAGAUGAAGACGGGUCAGUGCGUUUAGUCGUCAAAUAUGGUGCCCAGUGCAAAAGUAUGUCCAUAAAGGUUAAUCCAGAUUGCCCAUCCCCAUCCCCACAAACCACCCCACAGCCUACGGUGUCUUAUGAGACAGAUCCAUUAUCUUACACCACCAGUCAAACUAUUUCUGAACUGGAACAACAAGUCAACAAUUUGGCGAGGGUGAGCCCGUACAGCGGGGAUACCUCAACAAUCCACAACAGAAUUGAGAUCCCAGCGGUUCCUGCAGAAGAUCUUGACUUGACUCGCAAGGUCAAUGCUGUCCCUCAGCCAAUCAGAAAGCUUGUCCAAUCAGAAGAUCAUAAUCAGAUUGAGAAUGAGGAUUUCUGUGCUGUUUGUCUGAACGGAGGGGAAAUGCUCUGCUGUGAUCACUGCCCAAAAGUCUAUCACCUCUCCUGCCACGUUCCAGCCCUGCUCAGCUUCCCUGUGGGAGAAUGGCUUUGCACUCUGUGCCGAAACAUGACCAAGCCGGAGGUAGAGUAUGACUGUGACAAUGUCCGGUACAGUCUUGAGAAUAAAUUGGAGAUUGCGGCUUUUCCAAAUCUCGACGACUACGACCAAAGGAAGUGUGAGAAACUGGUGCUGUCGCUGUGCUGUAACAGUCUGAGCCUCCCCUUCCAGGAACCUGUCAGCCCCUUGGCCCGGCACUAUUACCAGAUCAUAAAGCGCCCGAUGGACCUGUCCAUUAUACGGAAGAAACUUCAGAGACGCAACAUUCCACAUUAUUCCGCCCCGGAGGAACUGGUGUACGAUAUUCGACUCAUGUUCUGGAACUGUGCAAAGUUUAAUUAUAUAGGGCCCGCAGAGCAGAAGGCAAUAUUCAAGGAAGACUCGGAAGUGGCAGAGGCCGGCCGGAACCUGGAGAUGUAUUUUGAGAACAUGCUGAAGGAGGCCUACCCUGAGAAGGUCUUCCCUUUCCCACAGGAGGAAGAUUCCGACACGGAGGAGAUCGGCAGUGAGAGUUGCCACUUGAACCUAAAGGGCUUUCACUGGCCUCCCUACGGGCCCGACUACCUGCAGCCCAAGCGCCGGAGACGCCACACUCUCACCCAGAAGCCACGGGACUUUGACAUUUGCUGAAUUCCCUGCAGUUACAUUGUGGCACUCUGGCAAACUAUGGGUUAAAGGGCAAACUCAAGGGCUGAAAUAAAUGUCACUGAUACUGACCUUAACAACUGUCCUAUAAAGGCUCAUGGCUGAGUUAUGUAUCUGAGAUCUUCCCUCCCUUUAUUCUCCUACUGUAACCUGCCCCCCCACACUGUCUACAUGGAAACAUAUUAUCCCUCCAUUCAAUGGGCAAAUACACUUUCCCUUCCAAAACACUGGAAACUUUUUUUUUACUAUUAAACAAAGUGCAGCUUCUCACCAUAACAAGUCAAGUUUGAAGAUAGAUCGUCUAUCAGGUUUUGUAACUGCCAUUCCAUAUAUAUAAUAAUUUGUCUAAUUAUUGCUCUUUUCAUUCUGUUAGAUAGUCACUAAUAAACUGAAAGUGAAGUCUCUGAGAAAA